AACCAGCGACAGUAUUUAAGGAGAACACUUGCUCUGCAAGAUCAGACUGCAGGUCCUAGCUCAGCUGCCACAUCACAGUGUGUCGCUGUUCCAACUUGCUAAAGUUAACAGUGAAUGGUUUUCACUGCACCUUGAGCCUGUAACGCUUAUGUACACUCUCUCCAUUUCUAGUCAACCAGCAAUUCAAAUUGACUUCAGUUUUCAUCCCAGACUGUCCAGUUCACCCGGGCCAUCACUCCUCUCUGAAAAUUGUCAUCGCAUAUUUUGGACAGGCCUGUCUGUGCAGUGAAACAUACCAGCUCAAUAAACAUAAACAGGUGACAACUUUGUGUUGCAUCUUCUUUUCCUUGAUUUAAGAGGGCCACUAGAUCAGACAACUAAGUCUUUGGAAACGGACAUGAACACCGAUUCCAAUUUCUUUCCUACCAAAUAGGAAGUGGAGAAUAUCAAAAGAAACUGGCUACGUAACUCUUGGGUUAUAACUUACCUUAAACUGUACCAAACUGAAUGGCCCUUUUUUUCCUUGUAUCCUGUUUGAGAGGCAAGCUAUCCCCAACUGUGCUGCCGCUGAACAAACCUGCAGUUAUCCUCAACAGUCAAACUUGUCUUGCUUGAUUUUGUUGUCGUCUGCGAACCACUCUUUUGUUCAGCUCUUCAUUCAGUGAGCAAACUUCUGCUGUGUUUCUCCACCCCACGUUAUCUGUACAAGACACUGAACUGUUGCAUUUACUAGUAUUUGACACUUCUGUACAGACACGGUUGGCAGCAAGACUCUGUGUCCAUCAUGUUGUUGUACCAUGCAAAUGUCACCGUCUAUGCCCAAGCUACAACGUCCCUUGCUCAGCUGGACAUUCUGGUCUGUACCUUCUUCACCUGUGUCUUCCAGAAACACAGCGAAAACUGCUCUGUGGCCUUUUCCCUACCCAGGAUGGACCAUCCACUGAUCUGGGAUGCCAUGGGACCGUUCCCUGGGGCACCGAUGAAUGAGUCCUACAACGCACAAAGCAAUGAGAUGUACAAAUUCUUUAACCACUCGUUGGAAAUCCUAUCCUUUGAGAAUCCGGCAGAGGCUGAAGAGGAUAUGUAUUCCAACACAAUGACUGUAUUGUAUGGUUUUGUCCUGCCUGUCCUCAAACUAUUAGGGAUCCUUUCCAUUCUGUCUUUUUUCUUUACUCUUUGUAGAGUUUCCUCCAUGCGUAAUGUCACUAAUUUCUACCUGACUAAUUUGGCUGUUGGAGAUUUGAUGGUCUUGAUUUCAUUUGGUACUCAUCAGCAAUUUGUGGCCACGACAACACAAAAUGGAUUGGAUACAUCAUAUUUGAGGAACUCAACCCAAGCCGUUACUCUCUUAAUAUACCUCUUUCUAGGCAAUUUGGGUCUUAUUUCAUCUUUAGCCCUUGUAACACUGCUUUCUUAUGAAAGAUAUUUUGCCAUUUGUUGCCCUUUCCAGCACCGUAAUCUCAAUUUGAAACGACGAGCAAUACGAGCAGCAGUUUGUAUAUGGUUUCUGUCAUUAUGCAUAAGUUUGGUCAAGUUCUUUGAUCGGGUUCUAAACACAAAUGAACAACCAAUCAAAUGUCUUGUUUGGCCAAAUGAGGAAAAGUAUAAAUAUCUAUCGAGUAAUGUGCAAGUGUUCGUGAAUGGUGAUGUAACUUUGGGUCAAGUUGGUAAUGGAAUGUUUUUCUGUGUAUUCAUGUUGUGUUUGAUCCUCACAGUCACUUUCAAUAUCCUCCUCAUUAAGGGACUGCAUGCACCAAAUCCAACUGGUGAUCAGAUCCAAGGUCCAUCAAAACAUCUACAAAGAGUGACUCUGAUACUUAGCAUCAACACAGCCGUGGUAUUUGUUUGUUUUCUGGCCCAAGCUGUAACUGUCCUUAUUGUAAUUUUAUCGCAACACUUGGAAGAAGUAACUGUAUCUUACGAUGUUCAAAUUAACCUGGUUCUGAUGACUGAUUGCCUCAGAGUCAUCAACUCUUCCAUUAAUUCAGUCAUAUUCAAUGCUGGUAGUGGAAGGUACAGGAAGGCCUUUAAGCAAGCCUUCUGCUGCAGAAAGAGGCAGCAAGUACCAACGAUCAAUAUCCCUCUGCAUACAUUACCAAGAGCAGAUCCUGCUGAUAGGAUCAGAUCAUAGGAUCCCAGGAAUACCCCCCUCCCCCCCCCCAAAAAA